AGUACCAUGCUGUCUUUGCUUCCUCUUUUCAAGCAGACUUGGGGACUUGAAUUAUUUUUCAUUACUAACCUAACAUUCACACAUGUUCAUUUGUACGAUUGUUUGAGUCCUCUAUACUUAGUUAUGAACAAUGUGUUAGGUGCAGCCUUGCAGGCACAUCCAUGAGCCCAUAAGAUUCGAGCUAAUGUAGCAUGUCUAGUCAUAAUAUUGUUAAGCGGUGGUCCUUGGUGAAUCCAUGAAUGUGCUCAGGAGGAUGAUACUUUACCCUAUAUAUAUUGACAGAUGCCUGGUCCUCAUUUCGCUGGUUGAGUAGGUAUAAGGUUCCGUGGACGUAGUGUGGUUAAGGAAUAAUUCUGAGAUCAUGCUUCAUGCCUGCACAAUUUCACUGCUGAAAUAAAGCGAAGAAAUGUCAUUGAGUGAUUCAUGUGAGUGUUACUUAUAACCUGGCCAAAAGAAACUAGAAUGGUAGCCUCAAAUGCAGUUUUUGCAACAACAAUGAAAAUAUUUAACAUCUCUUUUUUGAGUGUCACUUUGCUAACUCAUGGCAGAUAGUCAGAAUAGUCUCUAGGCAUUAACAAACCUAGAGAUAUGCUCCAUAUAAUGGGGAGUUGGCUAAGUGACUUAGAAGCAAGUCAAAGAAAAAUAAUCUUGGUUGGGGUGGCUGCACUUUUUUGGGCAAUUUGGCUAUGCCAUAAUAAUAUUGCCUUUGAUAAGAAAAAAUAAUUUUUUUUAUGCAAGCAGUUUUCAAGGGUACUUACUGGCUGAGAUUCUGGAGAUUCAUACAGUAGAAAAGUGAGAGGCAAAAUAUAAGCAUGGUGUGCCAAGUUUUGGAGGUGAUAGCCAUGGAGUUCUUCGUCAAGAAUAGAUUGCCCUCUGCAGCUGGGAAGAUUUCUAGGGCUGCAUCCCCCGCAGCUGUUGACGUACAUAGCAUAGGUGCAGGGAAUGAAAUUUGUCAAGUGGCAACUGGUUUGCAGCCAAUCAAAACUGCGUCCCUGCGCACGAGCAGAUUGCAAAUCUCACUAAGCUGUGAGGGUAAUGAGUCAGAGAAAGGAGAGGAAGAAUUGGACAAUUUCCGAACACAGCAGAGCAUCGGACUGUUCCUUGUAUUGCCGGAUGAUGAGCAGUGCAUUUGAAAAAGAGUAAAUUUUACAAACCCACCAAUACCUGAGGCAAACUGCCACAAAUCCACUAUUUUUAUACCUAUUUUGCAUUCCCACCAAUACUUAGGAUAUUUGUCUCACAAAUCCACUACUUGCUACAGUAGUUUCACAAACACCACUUUUUGCCUACAUCUUGAAAUUCACUUUUUACUGGUACUGUUUAUGGGUGCAGUAGUAUUUUGUUUCUUCAAAAAUUCUAAAUUUUUUUUAUAUUGUUUCAUAAUUCAUGUACAACCUAUUUUAAUUGGAUUUACCUAAAAAGUCUCUGUAGAAUUUAAACUAA